ACAACCAUAAAACAAGUGAAAAUGUACUAAUGCGAUACGUGAAAAUUACUGGAGUAUACGUAAUAAACAUGACAAUGGUCUCCGAUAUUUGCCAGGGAGGGAGAAAAUCCUAGAGGUUAAAACAAAUUACUGCUGCACCUUAAGUAGAUUAAAACAUCAAACAGACUCACACAGAGGAUUGAACACUUGAGGCUUUGCGGCUCUUGGGGAUUGCGCCAAGAGGACGCCUGCUCAUCUUUUUGAUACGCUCGAUGAUAUGACGAGGGGCAGGAAACUUUAAAAGCUAGCAUUAACCUUCUUGGUACUACCAGGGGAAGAACAUUGACCAGAGUUAAGUAAGUAACGGCAUCCAUCAAUUGGUCUAGGAAGUAGGGCAUGGUACUACUCUACUCUAUUCUGAAUCUGAAUUCUGAUGGAACAUGCAUUCAGAGUCCGUUUUCUAAACAAGCGAGCCUGCGUGAGGUGAGGUAUGGCGCAAGGCAUCUUCGUGCACGCAUGCUUGAUCAUGCAUGGUCACUCAGGCCUACUAGUACUACUCCACUCUCACUCUGAGUAGCAGCCCGUCAGCUCCGAAGAAAGAAAAGGAAGAAACCAUACCAAAAGCCAAGACCAUUGCCAAACCCAGACAACGACGCCUCCUUGCAGGCUCGCCCUCCUUCACUCAUUCACUGUCGACUCCCGCUCCAAGCCGUCGACAGCACUCUCCAGAGAUCGAGGCCAUGGCCAUGGCACGCCGAACCAACCACACCGCCUCGCCCCCCAUGAACGCCACGGCGGCGACCAUGGUCAUCUCAUCUCCGCCUCCGCCGAGGCCGCUGUCCCACGCCACCGGCGACGUCUGGGGCCCCUACUCCAGCUCCCGGGCAUUCUUCUCCAACGUGGCCACCAUACUCAUCAUCCUCGCCUGCGUCUCCCUCCUCGCCUUCUCCCUCCACGCCGCCGCCCGUUUCCUCCUCCGCCGCCUCGCCCGCCGCCGCGCCGCGCGUGCGCGGGCGCAGGCGCAGGCGCAGGGGCAGCCGCAGCCGCCGAAGCCUCCAUCCGACGCCGCGGCCACCGAAUUCUCUGUGGAGGCCGGGGCAGGGGCGGGCGUUCAGUUGGCCGGCGGGUGGGGCGACGCGGAGUGCGCCAUCUGCCUGUCGGAGCUGGCGGACGGCGAGCGCGUCCGCGUGCUCCCGGCGUGCGGCCACGGCUUCCACGGGGCCUGCGUGGACGGGUGGCUCGCGGCGCGCGCGUCCUGCCCCACCUGCCGCGCGCCGUCCCGGCUGUCGCGGGCCGGAGAGCCCUAGCCAAACCAGGCCGCUGUCACCUCCGGCGCUGGGUCGGUCAUGGAUCCAUCGUCACUCUGUCUGUACCGCUGACAAGAAGCGACAUCAAGUGCGUCGCGGUGGGGGAGCUUGCCGGAGCUCAGCUCUGUCGUCGCGUGAUUUGUAAUCGAGUGCUGCUUGUACUACUCUUUGAGGGCGUCUGACAAUGCAAAUCGAUUGCAGCCAUCAGCUCGGAUCGUAAUUCGCGAUCAUCCCUCUUGCAUUCUCAUCUCAUGUAAAACUUGCAUUGCAUCGUUCGACUCA